AUGGCAGCAGAGACCCUCAACUUUGGGCCUGAGUGGCUGAGGGCCCUUUCUAGUGGUGGCAGUGUGGCCUCCCCACCCCCAUCCCCCGCCAUGCCCAAAUACAAGCUGGCCGACUAUCGCUACGGGCGAGAGGAGAUGCUGGCCCUCUAUGUCAAGGAGAGCAAGGUCCCCGAUGAGCUGCAAGACAAGGAGUUUGCUGCGGUGCUGCAGGAGGAGCCGCUGCAGCCCCUGGCGCUGGAGCCCCUGACUGAGGAGGAGCAGAGAAACUUCUCCCUGUCAGUGAACAGUGUGGCUGUGCUGAGGCUGAUGGGGAAAGGGGCUGGUCCCCCCCUAGGUGGCGCCUCCCGUGGCAGGGGCAGCACGCGGAGCCGAGGACGCGGCCGCGGUGACAGUUGCUUUUACCAAAGAAGCAUUGAAGAAGGCGAUGGGGCCUUUGGCCGAAACCCCCGGGAGAUCCAACGUAGCCAGAGUUGGGAUGACAGAAGUGAGAGGCGGUUUGAGAAGUCGGCCAGGAGGGAUGGAGCGCGAUCCGGGUUUGAUGAGGGAGGGGCUGGCCCGAGGAAGGAGCAUGCCCGCUCAGAUAGCGAGAACUGGCGUUCUCUCCGGGAGGAACAAGAGGAAGAGGAGGAGGGCAGCUGGAGACUUGGGGCAGGACCCCGGCGAGAUGGCGACCGCUGGCGCUCUGCCAGCCCUGAUGGCGGCCCCCGCUCUGCUGGCUGGCGGGAACAUGGGGACCGGCGUCGCAAGUUUGAAUUUGAUUUGCGAGGGGAUCGAGGAGGGUGUGGUGAAGAGGAGGGGAGGGGUGGGGCGGGCGGCUCUCACCUCCGGAGGUGCCGAGGGCCUGACGGCUUUGAUGACGACAAGGAUGGGCUCCCGGAGUGGUGUCUGGACGAUGAGGAUGAAGAAAUGGGCACCUUCGAUGCCUCCGGGGCCUUCUUGCCUCUCAAGAAGGGCCCCAAGGAGCCCAUUCCUGAGGAGCAGGAGCUCGAUUUCCAGGGUCUGGAGGAAGAGGAGGAAGAGCCUUCCGAAGGGCUAGAUGAGGAGGGGCCUGAGGCGGGUGGGAAAGAACUGACCCCACUGCCUCCUCAGGAGGAGAAGUCCAGCUCCCCAUCCCCACUGCCCAGCUUGGGCCCACUCUGGGGAGGCAACGGGGAAGGCGAUGAUGCUCUGGAGAAAGACCUGCCGGCAGCUGAAGACGAUAUGAGGGCAGUGCAGCUGAGUCCUGGGGUGGGUUCACCCCCUGGCCCACCUGGAGAUCUGGAAGAUGAUGAAGGCUUGAAGCACCUGCAGCAGGAGGCGGAGAAGCUCGUGGCCUCCCUGCAGGACAGCUCCCUGGAGGAGGAGCAGUUCACAGCUGCCAUCCAGGCCCAGGGCCUGCGCCACUCUGCAGCUGCCACCGCCCUCCCCCUCAGCCAUGGCGCGGCCCGGAAGUGGUUCUACAAGGACCCACAGGGGGAGAUCCAAGGCCCCUUCACGACACAGGAGAUGGCGGAGUGGUUCCAGGCGGGCUAUUUCUCCAUGGCCCUGCUUGUGAAGCGGGGCUGUGAUGAGGGCUUCCAGCCGUUGGGUGAGGUGAUCAAGAUGUGGGGUCGUGUGCCCUUUGCCCCUGGGCCCUCACCACCCCCACUGCUGGGAAACAUGGACCAGGAGCGGCUGAAGAAGCAGCAGGAGCUGGCGGCAGCCGCCUUGUAUCAGCAGCUGCAGCACCAGCAGUUUCUGCAGCUGGUCAGCAGCCGCCAGCUCCCGCAGUGUGCACUCCGGGAAAAGGCGGCUCUGGGGGACCUGCCGCCGCCGCCGCAGCAGCAGCUCACCGCGUUCCUGCAGCAGCUCCAAGCUCUCAAGCCCCCCAGGGGUGGGGACCAGAACUUGCUCCCGACGAUGAACCGGUCCCUGUCAGCGCCAGACUCGGGCCCCCUCUGGGACAUACAUACCUCAGCCUCAUCACAGUCAGGCGGUGAGGCCAGUCUUUGGGACAUACCAAUUAACUCUUCGACUCAGGGUCCAAUUCUAGAACAACUCCAGCUGCAGCAUAAAUUCCAGGAGCGCAGAGAAGUGGAGCUCAGGGCGAAGCGGGAGGAGGAGGAGCGCAAGCGCCGAGAGGAGAAGCGCCGCCAGCAGCAGCAGCAGGAGGAGCAGAAGCGGCGGCAGGAGGAAGAGGAGCUGUUUCGGCGCAAGCAGGUGGGGGCCCGGCCGAGCGCACGUCCUGCCUGGCAGGCGGUGGCUGCCGUCCCUGUGCCUCCUGCGCCCAGUUCCCCGCCCCCGCUGUGGGCCGGCCUGGCCAAGCAGGGCCUGUCGAUGAAGACGCUGCUGGAGCUGCAGCUGGAGGGCGAGCGGCAGAUGCAUAAGCAGCCCCCGCCUCGGGAGCCUUCGCGGGCCCAGGCUCCCAACCACCGCGUGCAGCUCGGGGGCCUGGGCGCCACCCCCCUGAACCAGUGGGUGUCUGAGGCUGGGCCGCUGUGGGGCGGGCCCGACAAGAGUGGGGGCAGCAGCAGCCUGGGGCUCUGGGAGGACACCCUCAAGAGCAGCGGGAGCCUGGCCCGCAGCCUGGGCCUGAAGAACAGCCGCAGCAGCCCCUCUCUCAGCGACUCGUACAGCCACUUGUCGGGUCGGCCUGUGCGCAAAAAGACGGAGGAGGAAGAGAAGCUGCUGAAGCUGCUCCAGGGCAUCCCCCGGCCCCAGGAUGGCUUCACCCAGUGGUGUGAGCAGAUGCUGCACACACUGAGCACCACGGGCAGCCUGGACGUGCCCAUGGCUGUAGCGAUCCUCAAGGAGGUGGAAUCCCCCUACGACGUCCAUGACUAUAUCCGUUCCUGCCUGGGGGACACGCUGGAAGCCAAAGAAUUUGCCAAACAAUUCCUGGAGCGGAGGGCCAAGCAGAAGGCCAGCCAGCAGCGGCAGCAGCAGCAGGAGGCUUGGCUGAGCAGUGGCUCCCUGCAGACAGCCUUUCAGACCAACCACAGCACCAAACUCGGCUCUGGGGAGGGCAGCAAGGCCAAGAGGCGGGCACUGAUGCUGCACUCGGACCCCAGCAUCUUGGGGUACUCCCUGCAUGGACCUUCUGGUGAGAUCGAGAGCGUGGAUGACUACUGA